GCGACGUCUAGUGGCGAUGUAUCAAAAUGCUGCUAACCUCAAAAAACAAUAGCCAGCACUUUCAUAUUUAUUUUUAGUUUACAAUCAACAUAAUUUAUAUAAGUAUGCAAUUUUUUGACAGUAUAUCUUAUAGAUGAUAAAAAAUAGAAGUAAUAGCGUUAACAAUCGUGAUGACGUGCAGUUAGAACUGCGAAGUUCUUGUCUUCAAAUGUCGCGUGAACCACGCGCGCAAUUGCAAUUUUUUUUUUUAGUUUUUUUUGUCCUAUCGCUGAACAACAAAUAUAUCUGGUAUUAUAGAAAAUGAACAUUGCUCGUGGUAUGGGACUAUUUGUAACAAGAGUCAAUGUUAUUAAGGAACAAUUGUUCUCACCAAAAAAUCUUUUCUACACAAAUGUUGGAAUAUCCAUAUCUCUGUCCGCCGUGGGUGAUAUUCUUGAACAACAUUAUGAAAUUCUUAAGGGUGAGUGGGAACGAUGGUGUCCAAACCGGACAAGAAACAUGGCAAUUUCGGGCAUGUCGGUAGGAAUAAUUUGUCAUCAUUGGUAUCGAUAUUUGGACAAAAGAUUGCCAGGACGAACGAUCGGUAUCGUAGUGAAAAAAGUGGUGAUAGAUCAACUGGUCUGUUCACCAUUGUGCAUCGCAAUGUUUUUUAUAACACUAGGCAUUCUUGAAAAGAGCAAUUGGUCCGAGUUGAAGGAGGAAAUACGUGAAAAAGCUCAUAGAUUAUACAUUGCUGAAUGGGUAGUUUGGCCGCCCGCUCAAUUAAUUAAUUUUUACAUAUUACCAACGAAAUAUAGAGUCUUAUAUGACAACACGAUAUCAUUGGGUUACGACGUUUACACUAGUCAAGUUAAACACGACAAGCCGAGAAGCGUUAUUUGAUUAAGCUCGUCUAUCAGGUAUAGAUUUUUUCAAUUAUAUUUUUGUUUUGUCUGCAAAUAAAUAUGCUGAAUCAAAAUGAAUUGAUGCAGCUAAAUCGUUAAA